GCUGGCACUUAUUGCAUACAUGCUCUUAAUCAGCUAUACAAGCAACUUCUUUAUCCAUUUGUUCCUUCACACUUUUAAUUGACCUUUGGCUGGCUCUCUUGCCUGAACUCAGUUCUACCACUCUGGAUUAAUUCUGGAUUUUGAAAUUCUUGAUCUAAGCAAACAUCCUUUGUGACUUGCUGGAGGCAACCACACCAAUAAGACCAGUUGGGGGCUUGUCCAUUGCAAAAGACUUAAGCUGUAUGAAGAUGACCAUAUCUGUGGCCACUGUGCUGUUCCUCAUGACCAUUUCUCUUUCUGUAAGGAAGAGCAGUGGUCAGGCUCUGCCCCUGGACAUGGCCGAGAACUCUGUGGAUGACUCCUUCGAAGGCUGUAAGGCUGACAUGUAUAAGUUAGUGGCAUCAAAGUACACUGAACAGGAAAUAAAUCAUACUCCUGGUUUCUCGGCUGCCUGGCAAAAUGCACUGAAUAACUGCAACAAAGUUGGACUCAACGUAAACCAGUCUGCCGCCAUAUACAUGUAUACACAGGCCAAGUCAAAAAAUCCAGAUUGUUCAUAUAAGGAGUUCAACAAUGCUUGCCGAAAAGAAAAAGCAGCGUACACGUCAGGUGACUUUAAGUUUUACACACUGUAUUUCUUUCUGACUGAAGCCGUUCAGCAACUCAAAAGACAAUUCAGUCAAAGGUUUUUUUGCGUGACCUCAUAUCGCAAAACCAAUAUCACAUUUACCAACGUGUCUCUCAAUCAAAAAAUUCGAUUUGGUUCUUUCGCUUCCAGCUCUUUAAAUAAAACCACAAUUGUUAACAGUUUUGGUGAAGAGUCCUGUUUCAAAAUUAAGACUUGUUACGGAGCUAAACUGAAAAAAUACUCAGCCCUGCCACAUGAGCAAGAGGUGUUAAUUCCUCCUUAUGAGGUCUUUCGCAUCACAGCCAUUGAAAAGAGAGAUGAGAAAAACAAACUGUGGUGUAAGGUGGUUUAUGAACUCAAAAGUGCUGGUAAGAGGAGCGAUCUUAAAUGCAUAAAAACAAAAAAACUCCAGGGUGGGAUCUUCACCAAUAGCAUUACCUUGAAUUGAAUCAGUUCUGAUCAUCCAUCCUAACCUGUUUGUCUUUAAAGAGCAGUUUGCUUUGAUUUAAAUAAAUGCUGUAUAUUACUGAACUAUGGAUAAGUGAGCUUGUGCUGGGUAAACAGCUUAAAAGAGCUUCUAAAUGCUCUGCACCUAGAACAUAUUUAAUAUUAAAUUUGAGCCUUUUUUAGGUUUUUUGGUUUUUGGUUUGGUUUGUUCAUCACAUUAUAAAGAAGCCAUUCGUCUGAUCUCUCGUUUUUUCAAAUUUACUCAUUAGUUAUGCAAAGGUGAGCAUUUUGUAAUUUGUUGUAAGUUGAUUUAUGGCUUAAAAAUGAGACUGCAUUGUGUGUUUAAAAUCAAAUUUUUGGCAUCGUUCACUAUUAUUAUAGCAUAUUGUUUUUAGUGAAAUAAUUCUUUUGCUUACUUUGUUCUGGCACAGCAUACCAGCACCUGUUAUAGAGUCUGGAGAGAGAAAUUCAAAAUAGCCUCCCUCCAAAAAGAAAUAUAAAUCCCAGGCCAUUUAGAACCUGUUUAUGGCCUUUAGUUUUGGUUCUUUUGGUUUAAGUCUAUGUUACGGAGAUGUUCCGAAUUUUCUUUUAUUAUCAUGUUGUUAUUUUGGAUGGAAAUACUUUGACAGGACCUUCUACACUUUUUUCAUGUGCUGUUGGGCUU